GAGAAAGAGGGCUGUGCUUGGAGGACCUCGGGCGCCGGAAUGAAGCCACGGUGGGCGAGCCUCUUGCUGCUGUGCUGCUGCUGCUGUCUGGGCCGCGGGGUUGCCAGGACCUGGCCGCGGAGCCACCAGCGGGAGGCGGCCGCCUUGCGGGAAAGUCUUAAUAGACAUCGAUACUUGAACUCUUUCUCUCAUGAAAACUCCACUGCCUUCUAUGGAAUAAAUCAGUUUUCUUACUUGUUUCCUGAAGAGUUCAAAGCUCUGUAUUUAGGCAGCAAACCUGCCUGGUCUCCCAGAUACCCAGCAGCAGGGCAGACACCCAUCCCCAAUGUGUCUUUGCCAUUGAGAUUUGACUGGAGGGACAAGCAUGUUGUGAACCAAGUGAGAAACCAGAAGAUGUGUGGAGGAUGCUGGGCCUUCAGCGUGGUGGGUGCAAUAGAGUCGGCUUGUGCAAUCCAAGGAAAACCUCUGGACUACCUCAGCGUGCAGCAGGUCAUCGACUGCUCCUUUAAUAAUUAUGGCUGCAAUGGUGGCUCUCCUCUCGGUGCCUUGAGCUGGCUAAACAAGACACAGAUGAAGUUGGUGGAAGAUUCAGAAUACCCGUUCAAGGCAGAAAAUGGCCUGUGUCGCUACUUUCCCAGAUCACAGUCUGGAGUUUCAAUCAAAAAUUUUUCUGCAUAUGACUUCAGUGACCAAGAAGAUGAAAUGGCAAAAGCGCUUCUGAACUUCGGCCCUUUGGUGGUGAUAGUUGAUGCAGUGAGCUGGCAGGAUUACCUGGGGGGCAUAAUCCAGCAUCACUGCUCCAGUGGGGAGGCGAACCAUGCGGUUCUCAUCACAGGAUUUGAUAAAACAGGAAAUACUCCAUAUUGGAUGGUGCGAAAUUCAUGGGGCAACUCCUGGGGAAUAGAAGGCUAUGCCCACGUGAAAAUGGGAGGUAACAUUUGUGGCAUAGCAGACUCUGUCUCCGUUGUCUUUGUGUGA